UUGGUUUUACUCGAAGGUGCUCCGCAAAGGAAUUUGUUCGGUGCGGCGAGCAAGGUGCACGUGGUGCUUUCGUCUUUUACGGUGUUAUUCUCCGGGUGAUAAAAUUGUGAGUUGAUGUGUCAAAGGAUCCAUGGGAUGAUGCUGUAGAGAAGAAGAGCCGAUCAACGAGACGAUGGCAUCAUUUCGCUCGGUGGCGUCGAUUUUUUGCUUUUUGCUGCUCUACGUUAACGCAACAGAAAAUUCGUUGUUGUCGCAAGAUGCGGAAGAGAAUUUCGAGAUGACCUCAAUGGAGGGACCGGAGCAGAGACUGAUUGAGGCGCUGCCUCUCUUGACGAGUUUAACCCGCAAGCAAAGACAUGCCUUAGCAGUGGAGUUGCCAAGUGACUCCAAAGUGCUCAAGAAAAUUGCUCAAUCGAGGCAGGUGGAAACUUUUAAGAAUCACUUGGCAAGGAAAAUUGAUUCGUUGCCGAGGCGAACCAAACGUCAAUUGGCAUCAGCAAAUCCAACACAGACCGAAGCAAAGCCGCCUGCAGCAAACGUGACUUUGGCCAGACGAAAGCAGAAUGUGCCGAAAGAAUCGAGCGGGCAAACGGAGGUGCCUUCAGAGACCGACGUUUCAGAGGCCAAAGUUCCUCUGCAGAGAGAAUUGUCCCAACUGCUUUACCCUGGUAGUGUGACUGGGUUCCGCGAGCCUGAUGUGAACAAACGUGCGAUGUUUCAGCAGGUCAUGAUGACCUCUAUGAAACAACCUGAGAGCCAGCAAAGACUGAUUGAGGUUAUGCCUCUUUUAAGAAGUUUGACCCGCGGUCAGAGACACGCUUUGGCAGACAUGCUGCACAACGUCUCACAAGCAUUCAUUCAAGCGACGCAAUUGAGACAUCAGCAACUGGCGAGACAACACCAGAGCAACGCCACCUCCUCGCCCCCAGUAAACCCGAAGCCGAUGGUGAACGCCAGUUUGCCGCGCCUGCUGCCGCAAUUGGACGUCGUGAGUUUACUGCAGAAAGGCGCCUCCGAGGCCCAGAGGGAGGCGCAGGAGGAGGCCAAGAGGACGGCGAUCGAGGCCAUCGCCUCCCUUCCGGAGUCGCGCUCUUUCGACACUGCGCAAGAAUCAAACGAAACGAUGCCAGAAGAAUUGCCGCAGGCGUUGGAAUCGAGAUGGAAAAUGACGCCGGAGGAGUUCAUGGCCUUCCUCUCUGAGCACCGGAAAUUCCAACUGAUGACAAAGAGGCGACGGCAGCCCCCGGCUAGGGUCAGCGUGGGCCUUCGACCCCCACCCCUGCCCAAGGGCGAAGAGUGCGAUCUGUUUUCCAAUAAUCUGUGCCUGGAAGUUCCCAACUACCCAACGGAUGCCAUAAUAGCCAGCAUGAAGCGCAGCACCACGUCGCUGUUGGGCGUUCUGGCACGGGAAAUUGCCACCGAGCCGACGAGCGACAGGCGUCAGGACGUGGAGGAGAACCUCGUGGGCGGCGAUAAUGAAAACGGCGCAACCCUGUGCCAAUCCAUCACCAAAUUCGCGAGGCCCAAGCGAGCCCGCAACGUCAACGGCCAGUGGAAGUACUUGGUAAACACGGGCGACGAGCACUCGCAGACGCUUCGGAUCGAGCUGUGCACAGAACCUGGUGAGUCGUGCAACUAUUUAGCAAACGGCGUUGCUUCGCAGUGCGUGCAAAUCUACACCCACCACCGACUGCUGGCCUGGGACUACGAGAAGGGUCUCUUCCUCGACUUGUUCAAGGUGCCAACAUGCUGCUCGUGCCACGUGCAGCCUGCGUAUGGCCCGGCCGUGUUUCCCGCGACCACCCCUUCGAAGCCGCGAGGCCCGCCGCCGGCCUUCGACUCCGAGCCCGAGUACAUGGAGGAAGACGCGUCCAGUUUUGAGACGCACAACGCGCGUCCGAUGCACAUUCCAGUGCCGUGGCCCACCAAACCAGCGAUGCCGCCGCACACCACAAAGCGUCCCUCGUCGGCCAAAAACACCCCUUUGAAGCCGCACCGAUUGCCGGCACCAGUGCACGAAUACACGACGCAACCGCCCUUCCACCCCAAAGAGGGGCGCAAACGGAACAGGCCCGGCGAAAAAAUUAGACCUGACUUGGACGAGGCUGGCGCGACGGCCACGCACCGGCGGCGACGGCCGCCGGCGAGCGAACGUGUUCGGGAGUCGAGCGAGUCGGAGGAAGGUUCUCGCAUCAACUACAGCUACCACCCGAUCAUCGACUUCUUCCGCAACGAGGAGCGGCAGAAACAGGCCGAUCGAAGGACCGGCGGCGGCGGCCCGGUGGUCUACGUCGAGGACGACUGGCGGCCCAUCGAGCCCUCCUUCCGUCCCCCGGUGAGACGCAUCUGAACGUGCCUGUGAAUAAUCGACCCUGCGUUUGUCUAUACUUAAAGGGUGUUCGCGCGAAUCAACCCUCUCUUAAUUUAUUAUUCAUGCGACACUCGAGGACUUGAACGAUGUCAAUGUGGUAUUAGAUUUAAACCAGCUCCAAAGUUGUCUGUGCAGGACAAAUUGGUAUAGUUUUUUUCUAUUAAAAACACAAAUACUGGAGAAACGAUGGAAGCAAAGUUUGUAUUUUUUUUUCUUAAAUAAAAAUCAAAACCAUGAAGAAAAAAUAUGCUUGAUUUAUUUAAGGUGCAAUUAAUGCUGUGGAAAUGAAGUUAUUAUUUGUUUUUAAUUGGUUUUGCUGAAUUUCCAAAAAUAUAAAUACACUGUAUUAUAUAAAGUGAAGUAAAUAAUCAAUUUUGUAGCUAAAAUUUUGUGUAAAAUUAACAUGUACAUUAUUCAUGAACACAAAAUGAAAAUCAAGAAAAGUUCUGUGUACCCUAGCUGGUUUAAAUUUUGGACAAACAAAUCAUACUUUUUGAUGAUAGAUGAAAUAAAUGGUUUUCUUGGUGAGAAGAAAACCUCGAGUGCCAAGAGGUUACAUAAGUUUCACAACAACAACUACAGGAAUUUCUAUAAUAAAAUA